ACUUCGUACAAAAACGCUGCAGUAGGUGAUUAUCAGGCUUCUGCUAAAUGCUUUUGGAAAGAUGCCAGUACUGAAAUGUUCCACAAAGCUACAGCUAUUAGAAAAAAUAUUAAUGGGGAGCUUCCCUGAGUCCCUGAAGGUUUAUGGAGCUGUGAUGAACAUAAACCGAGGGAAUCCCUUCAGGAAGGAAGUCGUGGUGGAUUCAUGGCCAGAUUUCAAAGCUGUCAUUACCCGGCGACAGAGGGAGAAGGAGGUGGAUGACUGUGACCAUUACACCAAUGCAUAUGCAGUUUUCUACAAAGACCUACAGGCUUACCGGGAGCUACUAGAAGAGAGAGACACCAUCAACUGGGGACAGAUCUUUCAGCUACAGGGGCUCCAGGCAGGAAUAUAUGAAACAUCCAUAGCUGUUGCUAGGUCUAAGCAGGUUGAUGUGAAAGUAUCCUCCUUCCAGAUGGUUAUCCACCUAGACCCUGACACACUGCCGGACGUCAGACUUCAGAUGGACCCAGCACCGAGACUGGCUUAUCUGGAUAUCUCCCAUGCCAGCCUGCUCAGCGAAACCUGGUCACGGGGAGGCACUGAGCAAUGCCGGAGGUACCUUGCUAACCUCAUUUGCUGCUUCCCCAGCAUCUGUGUCUUGGAUGACAAUGGACAGCCCAUCUCUUGGGGUCUAACUGACCAGUUUGCCACCAUGAUUCAUGGUUAUACCCUUCUGGAGCACCGAAGAAAGGGUUAUAACCGGCUUGUGGCUACCACAUUAGCUAAGAAGUUACAUAGCCAGGGCUUUCCAGCUCAGGGUAAUGUCCUGGAGAAGAAUGUACCUUCUAUAACAUUGCUGAAAAGUAUGAAUGCUCAGUUUCUUCCCUGUCAUUUUUUCCGAGUCAUUCACACUCCUUUGUGUUUCUUAGCUAUACAUCACCUGUAGUCCUCAAUUACAAGACCUGAGUUAGAGGUACAAAUGACUGAGUUUUAUAACACUCACUCGCCUCCCCCUUUACAGGGCUUACUGAUGAAAUUCAAUGGUUUCUCUUAUAUGGGAGAUCACCUUACAUGAUUUUUUUUUCUGGCCAUAAAAACCUGUGAAACUGAUAUAUCCGAAAAACUAUUCCGGACUGGAUAACUCAUCAACUCAAAGACAGAUAAGAAUGGGUUUAGGGCUACUGUUUUGCCAUUGCAAUUCAACCAUAUAUGACAUUUCACUCAUUUCCUCUGACUGAAAAAUGAUUCCUCUAGUUUUCCUAUCUGUGUUGUAUAUUCAUUGCCACAAUUCUGGGGCCAACACUAGCUCUGUCCCUUUCUGGUCUUCCUGAGUUCACCCGUUUUGAUUCUUUUCGUACCAGGCCUUGGAUUACAAUCCCCUGCAUAUCACCCCUGUUUUACAUCAGCAAGUCUGAUAUAUGCCCAGACAGCCAUUCUGUUCCUUUUGGGGCUGACUGAAGUAAUCAGCGACCAAGCAGCCUCCUUAAAACAAAGUAUCAUUUUUUUAGAAUAAAAACAUUUUAAAGGAAACUUUUCUUAGACAGUAAAAUAAACAACGUGCAUAUCUAGUGCACCCGUCUUUCACAUGCGGAUCCUAGAAGCAGUAAAUUGCUAUAGACUUUGCCUCUAGAUUGUUUCUAUAUCAGCUUUUGCCCUGUUACACUUACCUGCACAGCCCCUGGUAUCUCUGUUCCCUCCCUACAUUCCCUACAUGCCUCCCUACAUUCCUGAGUAAUCAGGACAAAUUAAUUGCCUGCAGUAAUUUGUCCCAGUAAUUCCAGUUGUGACCAUAUGUGGUUUGCAAAUCUUUGGAAGCAGAAUCCUUGAAGUUAACAGCUCCGUCCAGUUUCUUUCAAGGCUAUACUCCAUAUUGUUAUCUAGCAAGUCACUAUGUUCCUUGUCUGCUUAUUCUUUUCAUAGCUUCUUUUGAAUGCAUAGCAGUUUUGCAAUCAUUACCGUAAUUUCAUGUUAGGUAGCAACCAAGUGAUAAAGUAGUUCUACUUCUUUUAUUAAGAAAAGUUGUAAGAGUUGUCCACAGAACAUAAGAACUGAAACUCAUACGUGUCAAUCCUACUAUGAGAAAACUUGAACUCACGUGUGUCAUCCCUACUAGCAGUAAACAUAUUUAGCAGCAAUAUACUUGGAUACUGGAAAGGUAAUUAUAUCAGCCUUUGUACAUUUGGUGACAGAUCUGCUCAUCUACAUGCCUAAAGAAAGAUUCAAGGAUAAAAAAUAUGCUCAACCAUAUGCAAAAGAACUAGAUCUCAGGUGCUUCAAAGGUUUCACAGCUAUGAACUUAAAGGAAGGGAUUAUGAUUCUUUCAGAAGCUGUUACAUUGAAAUAAAUUCUCCUCAGGCAAUAAGAUAGCACAGAUCCUCCUUUAAAAGAUGCUUCAUAUGAGAAAACUCCCUACAUGAAUACAUCCAGGAUAAUUUUUUCAAUUGCACUUCUAUCUGGUCACACAGUACCUUACCUAUGCUGUGCCAUACGCAUUAGGGUCUAAUUUCUAUUUAGUCCUGUGCUUAAUGGGUCUCAUUACACUGUAAGAGCAGAGAUUUGACCUGCUGCAUUUGAUCAAAAUUCUUCAUUGUUCUGCAAUAUUGUUUUUUUCUAUGUGCCAUCUGCCACAUUUCCCCCUUUUUAUUGCAUUUCAGGGGGUUCUGAUUCAUAGGAGGAAACCUGCUUAUAAAUGUAAGAACAUGCAUA